AAAAAAACGGGUUACCGACACCUUUUGAUUACUGAAUGACUCAGUUGGUCGCAGCCAGAGUGUCAGUGUGUUACGAGCGGCUCUCAGAGGAGGACCUUCAGCGCCUUAGUGGUUGCUUAUAGCCAGGACUCAGCGUGACGCUCUUCUCACUCAUCCCUGUUAUGGUUAAAUCCUGGAACGUUGCGCUUUUUAUAACUGUUCAAGCAAUUAAGAAAAUCAGUGCUUGGUGACCAGUGGGAAAUUUGUAAUUUUUGUUGCUUAAACCAUCUCAAGUGGUUAGAUCUUUUGUGACGAUGGAGUGUAACCAGAAGGCAGCAUUCCAGCAGCCUUCACUGACCCUUGACCUGGAUAUAACCCCAGGCCCCCACGACGCCAACAUCUCUCAAGCCGCCCAUUUCUCGCUAUUCGGUGCCUACGUGAACCCAAGCACAGUCCUGCUGUUUCUGUCUGGCAACUUUUUAUGUCUGCUGGUGGCCUACUUCCUCCUCACCAUCUACCGGACUGUCAGAGGUCAUCAACAGAGUGAUUCAGACAAGACCGAACUCAGGACAAUAUCAGCCCGUCCCGGGGAGUGGGUAAGACCAGUGAGCAACCUGGAGAUAUUCUCAGCAGCAGGAGCAGCUUUUGGCAAAUGCAAUACAGCGCAGGUGCUGUGGCUUUCUUCUGCUCAGGCCAUUUCACCUCAGGACGUUAAACGCGCUCUCUCCAUCAUCGCUCGGAAAAUACAUGUUCUGCAGCUAUGCCUUGCUUGGCGGUGGCUACGGCCGUGGCUGCGACGAAUGGAGGACUUUGUGGUCGACUUCGACGUUGACACGGGCGACGCCAUGACGGUAUAUUGUCACCAGAUUCAAGCACCCUACAACUAUUCCCAGGGACCAUUGUGGCGGGCCAGGCUGGUCCCUCUGCCACAGCCGUCACCUGACCGCCACGAGGCCGUCCUGGUGCUCACCCUCCACCACGUCAUCACAGACGGGUUCACCAACAUGACCAUCUCCCGUGACUUGCUGGAGGUGCUGAAUGCUAUCAUGACUGGACAGGAACACAACACGCCCACACGCCCUAUCAUACCUGCCAUUGGGGAUGAGCUGGUUAGCAGGAAAGAUUGGAUAUACUGUCUGAGGCUACUCAUGUCUACCACAUAUCAAGUAAUAGCUAAUAUGUUCAAUGGGAAAUGUUUCAAUAUUAGUCUUCCCCAACCUACAUCAAAAUUAGCACUUCUGAAGGUACUUCGUGAAGACUUCUCAAAAGAGACAACACAACAGCUUUUACAUCACUGCAAGGAAGCAAAAGUCAGCAUACACUCGACCAUCAUGGCAGCAGCUUACUUAGCACUUUUACGCACUGCCCAGGAACAUUCGAAAGAAAAAUUAGACGCCCUAACAAUCACUUAUGAUAACGCUGUAAAUAUGCGUCGCUACUACCCUAGUGUGUACCAAGAGUCUCCGGGGUGCCACUCAUCCAUGUGCAAGCAAGAAUACGUUGUCAGAAGCAGUGACGCAGCGAGCAAGAGAAGCUUUUGGGCGCUAGCAAGGCGUAUGCAUGACGAUCUCCACCACAGUCUUAUUGUUAGCAAAGCACCUAUUUGGAGCGGAGUUCUUGGUUGGGCACUGGCUGCUAUCCAGCCCUUUAAUUAUGUGCUCACUCGUCUGGGUUACAAGAACCUAAUUAACACCAACAUGACGUGCACUAACAUGGGCAAUCUGAAGACUCUUCUGCCAGGUAAAUAUGGGGACGGACCCGUCGAGAUCACCAGCCUGCUUCGGUCCACAGCCUCUGAGCUCGUAGGAACCCCAUUUUUGGUCGUCUUUCAAUCCUUUGAAGGAAGGUUGCUGAUGUCACUCGAUUAUUACAUCAAUAAUAUCACAGAAGAGAAUGCCAAAAUGUUCUUUUCAUUCCUCACACAUUACAUUGCUAAUGUCGCUCGCUAUGGCAGCAUCAACACUGACAACUGCUACACAAAUACAACCUUUCACAGUGUUCAAAAACUUGAUAAACACCUCCAAAGGAUCCUUAAUCAACCAGAUUGAUUAGGUAUCAUGUGAUUCAUACAUAUCAGACUGCAAACAGCUGGGUCUAACAGCCUCGUUGACCAACCAGGAGGCUUUGUUAGUGACCGAGCCACAGGGACAUUGAUCCCCAGAAUGAGCAUCAGUUAAGUAGACUUUUCAUGACAUUUCUUACUCUUUCACUACCUUAUCUACUCUUCACAACCUUCCCUUCCCUUUUCUUGAGCCAAUUUUAGCGGUAAUAAAGAUAUUGCAUUCUUCGUCCAUUGUUAGUCAGGUGAUUGUUGCCGACGGAGGCAGUUGGUUUAUUGUGCACCCCAUACUCAUCCUGUGAGCGGAAACUCAAAACAUGAUUACACAGAGCACAAAAGACCUCAACCCCCUAGGGCACACUAUAAGACCACAAAGACCCGCCAACUCCUGGGAAUUCUAAGUGAAAUCGGCGCUGGACACUAUCGUUAAGGAUUUAAUCAGACCUCAACCGUGAUUUUUACAUUAACAAUUACAUCUAACCUGCACACACCUUGUAAUUAUUAUGCCAGUUAGUUACAAAUAUUGUUCAACAAAAUAUCUAUGUAUUUUACAACAAAUUACUAUAAACUGAAGGUAGGUCUUUUGUUUAUCAAUAUAAUAUUUUAAUUAUGGGAUAUUACAGGAUCAUAAAAGAACAACUGUUUAUUAUUACAUAGUGUGAAGACUAUGUAGUCUUCACACUGCACAGUCUAUUCAUAAUCUCACAUGUUAUAUAUUACUAGAAGCGAAAUUUCGAUACAAUGCAAGGAUUUUAUCACUUGUAAUAAGAUGGUUUGCCAUAUCAUGGAGCGUGUGUUUAGCUUUAUCUAUAAAUGACUUUGUUCAGUCGAAAAUAUAAUGCUCUGGUGCAUGUCCAUCUUUGUCACGCACUUUGAUCCAAUGAUUAACAAUGGAUCUGCUAGUUUCUGUUUGUACUUUUCUACUUUCUUCAUAUUUAUUUAAGAGUUCUCGUCUAUUGACACUUUUAAGUGUUAGUCAAGUGAACCAAGGUCCAUUCCUGUCCCGUGGUGUGGUCCUCAUCUCUUAUCCGGCCACCUCAGUCUACUGGAGUUGGAUCGCGUCUAAAUCUUAUGCUAAAGUGUUCCUCUGAAAUGUUGAGAAACGUUAAAUACAUUCUUGUCCUCCUUAGUUUAAGCCUAUUUUAUAUCGUCGAUAUUAAGACGAUUCUCUUCUUAUUUCUUAUAUUCACUUAUAUGUAGAUGUUUAUUUUUUAUGUGAAUUUUAAACACAAAUUAAACCUUUACUUAUGGAAUUGAAAUUAAUUUCCUAGUAAUAUCUGUUGACUUGUUAAUUACUAUUAAUAGUGCCCAAUUUAAUUCUUCUGUAUACUGAAAAUUUACAAUUACUGGACAAGGCUUGUAUUAUUUAAGUUUUUGUCCUAAAUUAUUUGAAAUAAGCAUACUUAAAACUUUAUUAAAUAAAUUUUUUUAUUAUUCCUCUGCAAAUUAUGUGAUGAAGUAAAUGUCUUUUACAA